AGCUUUUCACGUCUGAACAAGUAUGCUUAGUAAAGUGCAACAAAUGUGAGAAUGAGGACAAAAAGACAACCAAACUUCUUCAAAUCCCAGUACCAAUUCAGUUAACUGGUUCAAAGCAUUUCAGUUCAGUGGCUGAAAGUUUACAAACAUUUCAGGUAGAAGCAUUAUGUGAUGAGAACCAAAUCUACUGUGGUAAAUGUGAGAAGAAAUGUGAUGCUGAAAUACAAUACUACCUCAAGUCUCUACCCGAAGUCCUGGUUCUUCAGCUGAAGAGGUUUUGUUUUGACUCGCGAAGCGAUAGUUAUGUGAAGGAUGAUGCUCCCAUUUUAAUAACAGAAAAACUAGAGUUUGAAUGUGGAGAAAGGGGAAUGCAUGUGAAGCUGCAAAAGGGAGUAAGGGAAUGGUGUAUGGUACUGUCAAAGUGUGGAAGAAGUUGCAUACUGUUUACCAUCAGUAUCAUCCUGGGUUUCAUUCGGCCCAUCCAACACUGUCAAGGCUUCCGGCGUUUUAUUUAUCCUCUCCUAAACUGUGGAAGAAGUUGCAUACUGUUUACCAUCAAUAACAUCCUGCGUUUCAUUUGGCCUAUCCAAAACAAAACUUCAUCAUUAAAUGAUACUAAUCCUCAAACCGAAGAAGAAGCUACACAGAACACUGUUAAAUAUGAAUUAUUUGCAGUAUGCCACCAUUUUGGAGGAUGUAACGGUGGUCAUUACCAGGCAAAAAUUAAAAUUUUUACGGAUAACCAGUGGUACAUUUUUGAUGACAACAGGGUACAAAAGGUGGGGUCAAGUGUUGAUAAAGAUGAAAGAACUGCAUACCUACUCAUGUACCUAAAGGUGGAUCCACAUACAUGCCAAGAAUAUCUACGACAUGAUAUUAUAAGUAAAUACAAAGCAGAGAAAAGAAAGGACCAUGAAGAUGAUGAAAGAAUCACUGGUAAAAAGAGAAAUAAAAUCGACUGUCAUCAGUCUAAUAAAGGAAGAUGUGACAACUCAACUGUUGCAAAAUAUGAAGAUAUAGAAUCGAACAUAGUUUUGCCAAAGAAUGGUGAAAUAUCUGUUGUUUGCAACAGACCAGACUCCUACUGCUAUUUAUCAAAAGAGCAGAACAAUGAUCAUAAAACUGACACUUAUAUACAGAAUUCCCAUUCCCAAGAAGGCUUACAAUCUAAUGGAUAUCAAGAUUUCAGUGACCAAAGUCGACACCAGGUUGAUCAUGAAAAAAUAGCUGAAGUAAGUGAAUGUUUCCUAAUAAAGGUAUAG